AUGUUUUUUGAAAAUGCUGACUAAAAUAAGUACUCUAUUUACUAUCAUUCAAAGUAAAGCAAAGAUGAUACAGCAUUGAACAUAACAAGUAAAAAUAAGCCAAUUAAUGUACCUGAAGUACCAACUGAAUGGGGAACUAUAAGCAUUUGGCUCUUAAUGAACUAAUUAUUAAGAUACUCAUUUUCAGAUAUGAAAAAUCAAAGAUUCGUAUUCAUAAGCUAAGCAUGUAUUCCUUUAUAUAGCUUUGAUGAAAUUUAUGAAAUGGUCAUGAAGGAAGAAAACUCUUAAAUAUUUUACGCUGAUAAAGCUUAAAUUUUCCCAAGAUAUGGAAUUUUAGAUUAAUACUUCUCAAAAUCGUAGAUAGUGAAACAUCAUUAAUGGGUUCUUUUUACAAGAAAGCAUGUAUCUUUGUUGUUGAGUGAAAAAAGUAAGUGGGAAGCAAAUCUUUAAUCUUUAUAAGAAAAACAAACAAAAAAAGAAUGGUUUCCAGAUGAAGCAAUAUAUGGAACCUUACUCAAUCAUUAUGGUCAACAAGAUAGUAUAACGAAUAAGUGUGUGACAUAUGUUGAUUGGAAGUAUUAAUCUGGAGUGGUUAGAUUUGAAUUAGUUGAUAAAGAUGUAAUAUUUGAAGCUAGAACUUAAGGAUGCUUAUUUUUAAGAAAAAUAAUGCCUGAAACUUAGUAUAAUGAAAAUGCAUUGGAUUUGGUGAGAGGAAAGAAAAAAUGA